UUUAAACUACUAGUAUUUCUCAUUCAUCAAUGCUUUAUCUCUAUGGUUAAAUUAACUGUUUUUUUUUUCUAUAAACAACGUGAAAGGCAAAGCUAGGAAUCACACUCAAUACUCAUGCGAUAAUAGUUGCUGGUCAUAAUUAAUUGCUGUGUCUGGCCGUACACACGUUUACCGUCUUUUUUUAAUUCAAAAUAAAUAUACUUUUUAAAUUUUUAAUUGACUGUAAAAAACACUUUUAUUUUUAUAAUUUUAUUUGGUGUUGUGAUAAUAUGAUAGAUAUAUUCAAAACUCGUUUAUUGGCUUUCAAAUGGGAGCAAUAUUUGGCAGCCUCUUUAGCCAGCUACGGCAGCCUAUGCACGGGCAUGGCGAUGGGAUGGACAUCUCCAAUGCUCCCACAACUCAGAGGUCCAAAUUCUCCUCUGCCCCGCGAGCCGACGCUGCAAGAGGAGUCCUGGAUAGGGUCACUGCUCGUGUUAGGAGGAUUAUUUGGUCCCCUUCUGACAGUACCUCUUUCCAAAUAUAUAGGCCGCAGAUGGAUCAUAAUGAGCACAAAUUUGCCACUUCUCCUGGGCUGGCUGCUGGCUGGGGUCGCCACCAACUUGGAGACGUUGUACGUAGCCAGACUCGCGUGGGGGUGUGCCACGGGCAUGCUGUUCGCAACAGUGCCCAUCUAUAUAGGAGAGAUUGCUGAAGACAAAAUUCGUGGAUCUUUAAGUGCUCUCUUCUUGCUGUUCAUCAACGUGGGCUUUCUGCUAGCAUAUGCCAUCGGGCCCUUUACUUCUUACUGGGGUCUGACCGCAGCUGGAGGCAUUCUCUCACUAUUCUAUUUGCCUUUUACUUGGUUCAUACCGGAGACACCUUUCUUCUUGGUUUACAAAGGCCGUAACGAUGAAGCUUCAGAAGUUCUACAAAAACUACGACGAGCAACUAAAGAGGCUGUCCAACCAGAGCUAGAAGGCUUACAGGCUAUGAUAGCUAGAGAGUUCAAAGUGGAGCCACGUAUCAAAGAUCUUUGGGCGUCCCGAGGAAACGUCAAAGCUUUAGGCAUUUGCGUGUUUCUUGCGAUGUUGCUGCAACUAUCUGGUAUCGAUGUCCUACUUUUCUAUAUGGAGGAACUACUUGCAAAAGUUGGCACUAAGAUAUCUGCCUCUGAUGGUACUAUUAUUAUGGGAGUUGUACAGGUCGUGACGAGUUGCAUUACCCCGUUGGUGGUGGACAGGCUUGGCAGGAAAUUGCUCAUGUGGACCACCUCGCUUGGACUUACUAUUUUCUUGGCACUAAUCGGCGUAUACGCUCUAAUGGACUCGUACUACCAGUACGACGUGAGCUCUGUCGCGUUCGUGCCGCUGUUGUGCCUCAUCAUAUACAUGGUACUCUUCACGCUUGGCGUGGGCCCGGUACCAUGGAUCUUAGUGGCAGAGAUGUUUCCCAUUAAAACCAAGUGCCUAGCAAGUGGGAUCGCCUCGUUCAUGUGUUGGCUCGCUGGAUUUAUAUGGACAAGAUUUUUUCGCGAUGUUGCUGCGUCUUACGGCAUUUACACAGCUUUCUGGAUCCUGGCUGUGUGUUGUGGCAUCGGAUUCAUAUUUUCUGCCACACUGCUCCCAGAGACCAAGGGCAAGACCUUCGACGAGAUUCAGGACAUGCUCAACAACAGAACAAAAGAAGAAAAAGAAGGCGAUGUAUGAUCCCAUUGUUUAUUUUCUGUUAUCAUAAUAAUUAGAUAAGUAUAAAUGUAAAUAAAUAUUAUCAAGACUUCCUAUUGUAUAAUUUUAAUGUAAUAAAAAUCU